AUGGUCAAUGAAUUGCUCUCUUGUUUGGAAUUUAUUAAAUUUAAUCAUACUGAACAAGGAAUUCGUUGUUUGAUUAUUAAUAGUGCUGUCAAGGGAACUUUCUGUGCUGGAGCCGAUUUAAAGGAACGAUCACAAAUGACACAAACACAAACUAGUCAAUUUGUUACAAAACUUAGAAAUUUGAUGAAUGAUAUUGAAAAUUUACCAAUUCCAACCAUUGCUGCUAUUAAUGGUUAUUGUUUAGGAGGUGGAAUGGAAUUGUCACUUGCUUGUGACUUUAGAGUUGGUGUUCAAAAUAAGGAUGUGGAAUUGGAAAAAUUACCAGGAUAUUAUGGAUUAGUUGAAACUGCAUUGGCUAUUAUUCCAGGUGCUGGUGGUACUCAAAGAUUGCCAAGAUUGAUUGGUGUUCCAAAAGCUAAGGAAUUGAUUUAUACUGCCAAGAAGAUUAACGUCCAAGAAGCUUAUGAAAAGUAUGGAAUUUUGAAUGAUUAUGGUAAACCAAUUUCACAAAAUGGCCCAAUUGCUGUCAAGAUGGCCAAGCAAUCAAUUCAACAAGGAAUUCAACUUGAUCUUGCCAAUGCCAUGAAAACUGAAGAACUCUGUUAUGCUCAAGUUAUUCCAACAAAGGAUCGUAUUGAAGGUUUGACUGCUUUCAGAGAAAAGAGAAAGCCAGUUUACAAGGGAGAAUAA